CAUAGAAUUAUGUGGAAAUAUGUUGGCCAACGUCUAAAAGAUAGUGCCGAACAGACAUGUUCACACAUAAAGAAUUUGCGCAGUACAUUUAGUACCUGCAACACAAAUACGGGGCAACAAGAUGUUGGAAAGAAGGAGGAGACGCUGAAACGGUAUGAAAUCAGUCGAGAUGGGCGAAUUUUGAACAGUUGGAAUUGUUUUGAUCCGGAUAGAUCACAAAAUAAAGCGAAAAAGAAUCCAUUUGACAUCGAUGCACCGUACAUAAUACAGAAAUGUUACCAAAAGCAAAAACAAAAACAACAAGAGGCCUUCAAUGGCUGGAUGGAACUCAAUUUAUUGCAAUGGACGGCAGGCUUUUUGGCCAGUUUAUACUUUGGCCAGAUGAUCUGCUUCUAUUCGCGACGCCGUCAGAACCUCAAGCGAUGGCAUCACAUGGAACAACUUUUGAACGAACGAACACUUCGACAGAUGCUCGAAAAGCAAUCGAUUUAUCAGAGAAGUUUUGUGCCAUCAAACGAUGAACAUCAUUGGUAUGACGCUAAUAGGAUUCAUCGGUUUCGGGCGCUUAUGGAAUUGGUACCCGUUUCAAAUGACCAUGUCAAUCAAAAUCAGCUUGUCACCAAUAAUACACUGACAUCGGCCACACAGACAGCGGCGGAUCACAAAUCUGAUGUCAGCAUCGCAGUUGAAGAUUUAAUCGCAACACUGGGAAGCAUUGAAUUCAGAUUGGGCAUGCAAAAUUUCCGGGCCAAUGAACCAGAAGUUGCAGUAUCUCAUCUCAAAUUGGCAACAACUCAUCGCCAUAAAGAAGCCACCUUCAAUCUGGGGGUUUGUUACGAGUUGGGUGUCGGUGUGGAGAAGAGUACAAAAAAUGCCAUGGAAUGCUAUCGUGCAGCGGCAAGUCUUGGUCAUAAGAAGGCCAUGUACAAUUUAGGUGUCUUCUAUGUGCACGGAUGGGGCGGUCUUAAGAAGAAUCGUGAUGCAGCGCGAGCUUGCUUCGAAGCAGCCGAUAAAAUGGGUUUGCCACAAGCCACAAGAGCACUCACCCUACCAGAGACGCCAGUUAAAAAAGACGAAGAAAUUUUCUGGAAAUCCAACGACUUUAUCGCCAACAAAUUAGGCGCCAUUCAUCAAAGACGUGAAUCAUCAGUCAUUUAAGAGAAUUCCAAUAAGCGAUAAAAUAUUUUUUUUGAUUGAAACCGUUACGAAAUCCCCCACUUUUGUUAUUUCAAGUUAUUGGAGAUUGAAAAAAAACCAGUUUGGUUAUCGUUUCGUUGUAAUGUCACAAAUAAAACUUGACAUUCAUCACCACAGCUAUGGGUUUUCGCAAUGCACAAAACCUCUCGUCAUCUGCACAUUUGGAACUGGAUCACUAAAACGAAUAUAUAUCCAACGUACAAUUUUUAUUUUUUAGUUUUAGUCUAUCAAACGCAUACAUUGAUGCGAAGAUUAUGAAAUCAGAGAAAUGAAUUUAUAUGAACUUUGGACUUCACCAUGGUCUAAAGCAUCUGUGGCCAUUUAUUGGUGCGAUUUAUGUUUUAUUAAGAAUAAGAGAAUGAAAAGAUAUUGAUUUUAAAAGGAAAAAGUAUGGAUUUUUAAACUCCACAAAAAAUUAUAUUACAAAAGAAAAGAGAGAAACGAUUCAACAGCCAUUCGCUUACAAAAUGGAUGUUUUUAUUUUAAACGAAUAAACUGAUGAUUAUGAGAAAAAAA